GCAGUCGGAGCCGCUAGAUCGACAUUGCCGUUCAUCGCCACGCGUGUUUACGCGCGAAGGGAGAGACGGACUUCUCUGGCACACUGACAUUCGCCGCGAUUUACGUGGGCACAACACGUGGCACGGCUGGAACGCCCACGUGGAUUUUACGCAGUGGAACAACUGACCGACGAAACCACAACCGGAUACCGGAUACACCGUCCACCGUCCCGGAGACGCGCCGAUAAGACUUCGCCGACGGGGUCGACGACGAAUUGGAAUCGGCAAAGAGGUUAGGUAGUCGGCCAAGCGUUACCACGUGCGUUUGAGACUCACGAAUCGUUUAUCGCGACUUUUCGGUCGGAAAGCAGUGAAAAACCGGUAACGUUGUGUCGACUUUAUUAUUAAUAUAUUAUUAUCUGUAAGAGCAGAAAAUGUAACGGUAACGCGUUGUCGAUUGAAUAUAUUUUGUUUACAACUUUAUUUUCGAGAUUUUCUGAUUAAGCGAGGUGUCGAAAAUAUUACAGCGCAAUAUUAUGGUUUAAAUGUAAGAAAAGAACUCUGUAGGAUUAAACAAGCUUAGGAGAAUCUCUGCCGAGAUAUAGGGAUAAUAUGUGCGUAGCGCCAAUAUCUUUCUGCCAAGGUUGUUAUGUAUUGAGGAAAGAAGGAGUAGAUUCGUAGAUUUAAGAUUUCUAUGUUUAAUAAAAAAAAACGGAGAGAAUAUGGCGGGUCAGACGUUGUUCUCGGAACACAUAAACAGUGCCAAAUUUCAAGAAGAAUUCAAAAAACUCUGGCACUCUCAAAGCGAUUUUAAGAGCACCAAUCUGGAAAUCAUAUCGAAACCCUUUAAAGUAUGUAGGAUAUCAAAUUUCUUAAGAGACGAGAUUAUAGAGAACUUAAAAUGCGAAUUAGACCGUCACAAUCAUACACGUCGAGCCCUCGAUCUGUAUCAGUUGGAGAAAACCGAGGAUCUGUCCCGUGCCACCGACAAGUGCAUUCAAAGGCUGAACAGAUCUUUUCAAACAGAUCUGGUAUCGUGGAUGAAGCGAAAUACGGACAUCGAGCUAAACGGAAAAGUCUCGAUGUCGAGUGCCCGUUACUAUGACACGGACCGUUUAUUGUGUCACGAUGAUAAUAUGGGUGACAGAAGAAUUGCUUAUAUAUUUUACCUGACCGAGACGUGGUCGAAGGAGGAUGGCGGCGCUUUAGAUCUUUUCGACACGGAUGAGGACGGCUCGCCCAGGAAGACGAUGAAAUCAUUAAUCCCCGAAUAUAACUCUCUCGUGUUCUUCGAAGUGGUGGACACGUCCUAUCAUCAAGUAGCCGAGGUGACGAGCGACAAGUGCAGGUGGUCGAUCAAUGGUUGGUUUCACGGCCCGUUAAAACAGACGUUCCCGCUGAGACGCGAGCCGGAGGUGACUUUCGUGCCAACCAACUCUAUCGAAGUGGACUUGCACUCCUGGAUUUCCGACGCGUACCUGACGCCCAACAUAAUGGUACAAAUUCAAGAGGAAGUCGAGACGUCGUCUUACACGUUUCUUAAAGGUUUCUUGAAGGAAUCUGUGUAUCAGCGAAUUGCGAAUGAUUUGACGUCGCGGGAUAUCAGCUGGCGAAUGAUCGGCCCACCGGAUAUGCGUCACUACGAGAUAGCUGACGAGCAAACCUUACCGAAGCUAUUAAAAGAUUUCUGUCAUCUAUUUAAAUCUAUCUUCUUCAUUCAAUUGUUGCUAAAUAAAUAUACAGGGCUCGAGCUGGUGCCCGACGAGAUCAAGGGACUUAAGAUGACGCUGGAGUUACAGAGAUGGUCAUCGGGCUGUUACACGUUGCUAUACGACAGAUUGCUAUUUCAAGAUGCUUCAGACGAGUCAAUAGAGCUUGAUCAGCAUGACGACGACGUGAGUGCCGAUGAUGCUGCAGCAUCGGCGCGUGCGUCGACUUCGGGUUUCUCGACUGGCGAGAUCAACCUGGACGCAAAUGGAACGCGUCGAGAGUUGAAAAGGGAACGGAUCAGCGAUUCCCCUUCCCCAGCAAAUUUGCCUGAUAAGAAAAAGGUGGCCAGGUGGCUUGACAGCCAAUCAGAUGUUGGCAUGCAGGUUUCGAGUAAGCACGAGCAUGACAUGGGUGAAAUUUCUUCGUCUCCAGACGAGAAGUUGUUUCGUAGCGAUACACCGGCUAGCGAAGAUGAUUCCGCCAGUGGGGAUGACGAGUUCCAGCUUGACGUGAUAAUACAGUUCCAUGCCGAAGAUGCCAAAGGCAAACCGAAGACGGAAGACACGAUAGAUUAUGUGGAUGUCAGUGAGCACGGAGGUGUUCUAAUACAGGUUCCGAUGCGGAAUAAUCAUUUAUGUCUAGUCUAUAGAUCAGUCUUGAUAUCUCGUCUUCAAAAAUACCUGAAUCAUUUGUACGAUGGCUAUUCGUAUACUUUCAUAUGUUCAUAUUACAAGUAGUUUAGCACAAUUCUUUGGUUAAAUCAAUAUCAUUCUGCAGAAAGAGAUUAAAAAAGAAAGAAAAGAAAAGAUUCGUGUUUCAAGUCUGACGUAACUGUUGGUUUUCUGACUAAAAUAUUCUCGGAUUAAUUGUAUAAAGACGAGCAAUAUCCUCUUUACGAAUGAAAUAUUUUCCCUUUAAAUAUAAUAUUUUUAUUUUAAUUAAUUCACCAAUGUUCAUCGCGCGCGCGAACGCAGAUCGUCAAUCUCUCCGCAAUUUUUCUUAUUAAAGAGAAACAUACGAAAGACGCGCACGCACGCAUAAAUUGUUAUGAAAGCUGCUAAUUUAAGCGAUUGAUAAUACUCUUAAAGAAAAUGUAUAAAGAAGGACGAUAGAAAUAGAUGAUAGAAAUGUUUCACGAGAAAAUAUUAAAAUAUUAAAAAAAUAUUUCUAAUAUUCAGAACCAAAUGUAUAAGACAGUGUACAUAAAAAUCAUGUGUACGUCAUGAAAAAUAUUUUCAUAAUCAUAUAUGAAUUGUUUCAUUGACAAAUAUUAAAAAAAAGAAAAAUAAAUCGU